AUGGACGAAGAUUUAUCAAUUUCUAGGAUCCACAAAGAAGACAGCACAGGAAGUUUAUCAGAUGACGAUCUUUUUUUUGAAGAAGACGCCGAAAAAGAAAGCCCCACUGAAACUUCAACUGACGCAAAAUCCGCGCUCGGCGACAAGAUGAUUUCCAUGAACUUACUGGACUACCGCAAAUUAUCCAACAUCAAACGUGACUUUAUGCUACGAGAGGAAGGUCUUUUGAAAUCAGAAUUUAUUUCAAUCAUGCUACACCACAUUCCAGAAAUCAAGGACAAAGUCAGCCUCGUCAAUUCAUUGAAUGAUCUUUUUGCUGAAAUUGAUGUAAAUGAUGACAAGCAUCUGGAAUGAGACGAGUUUUCGAAUUAUAUUAUAGAGAUAGGGCUUGUUAAAAAAGACCAUGGGUUUGUUGAUAUCAUAAAAAAUUAUAAGCAAGCUGAAUGAAGAGAUUCAGUUAAGCAUGACAAUGACAUUGAGUAUAUUCAUUAUAUUCCACCGUUGAAGCAGCUGCUGGUUAUGGAAAGAGAUAAUAAGAAAUUUAAAGUUUACAAUAUGAAAACAGGAAAAUUUGAAAGAGAAGUAAGAGGGCAUCAAGGAGCUGUUAUUGGAGCACAUUAUUUGUCUGAGUAUUCGACAGUUGCGACAUCAAGUAAUGAUUUAUCUAUUAUGCUUUGGGAUGAGACGAGCUAUUCAUUAAAUCAUAAAAUUGAUAGCCCAAUUAUCCCAAUUACAUUGGCAAAUUAUGAUAGGAAUCUUUAUGCAGGUGGGCCUGAAGGAAUGAUUUAUUAUUGAAAUUUGUACGAUGUGUUUGAAAGAGAGAACAGAGAAAAUUAUAUGCAAUAUCCCAAACCAAAAGAGUUUCAUCACACAAAUGCUGUAACAACUAUGCUGCCAAUUCCAGGGUUAAAUAUUUUAGCAACAGGAGAUCUUGAUGGGAAGCUGCUAUUAUGAGACAUCCCAAGUCAUCAACCUAACAGAAAAAUGAAAGAGUUAUCUAAAGGAAUUUACUCACUUGACUGGAGCGCUGACGUUGGAUGCUUAUUUUCCGCAGGUCUCGAGAGAUCUGCAUAUGUAUGAAAUCCAUACGUAAAUAAAUGAAUUUACAAAUUGUCAGGACACAUUCACAGUUUAGUCGGUGUCAAAUGUAUACCAAAUUCUCACCAAUUGAUUACCGCUGACAUUUCUGGUAUGUUUAAAGUUUGGGAUAUUAGGACUUUUAACUGCAUGCAAAGCUUCAACGCUCCUGUUGCUGAGUUGAACUGUUUCACAGUUUCUUUCCCCGAAAAGAAAAUAAUUGCUGGGUCAAAAAAAGUUCUUCAAUAUGCAUAUGAGGAGCCAAAGGACCAAAAUAAAGUCGAUGAAACAAUUGCAAUUUGCUGCUAUUAUAACCCUCAAUAUCAUACUUUUAUUACAGCUCAUUCAGGCUGUGUUAAAGUGUGAAACGCAGCAACCGGACGACUUUCCAGAGUUUUCAGAGAUUUGACUCCAGGAGACAUCACGGCUCUAAUUAUGGAUGAUAAGUAUAGAAAAAUGUAUAUAGGAGAUUCUCAAGGACAUGUGUACACUUUUAAAAUUAAAAAUGGAGCAAGAAUUAAAGAAUUUAAACAGCAUACUGGAGAAGUUACAAAUCUGUUGUUUUGGCCUGAAUAUAAAAUAUCUCAGUUUUAGAUAAAUGCUAGCAUAUCAAUUGACUAUAUAAUCGUAUUUACUUAUAUAAUAGAGCAUUUUGAUAUUAAUAUACUGUUCAUGCUAAACAUAAAGGCCUAUUUAAUAUCAACUUCAUGGGAUUGCAGAGUAAGAGUUCAUGAUGACUCCAAAAGUGAUGACCUUGGCAUUCUGAGAUUUGACAAAAUUAAGCAUAACGAUAUAGUCAAUUCUGUAGAUUUAAAGCAAAAAAGCAGACUAAUUGGAUCUUGCAGCGAUGAUGGGUCUAUUUUAUUGACAAAUUUAAGGACUUUAAGACAAGAAUCAGAACUUACAGGGCAUGAUGCAGAAAUAAAAAACCUCAAGUUUUUGAAUCCUCAUAAUUGCUUAGUUGCCUGUGAUUUAUCAGGCAAUCUUUAUUUCUGGGCAAUUUCUCCAAGCAACGUUAAAAAUACUUUGCUUGUGAAAACUCAAAAUACUGUUGAAAACGAAAUGGGAGGCACAGAUUCAUCUCCUAUUCAAGCCUUAGCAUGAUCUCAAAAUCUUCAAACCUUAUUCACUGGAGAUGAUUCAGGCAACUUACGGCAGUGAAAAUUAGAUUCCCUAUUAAACAAACUGGCCAGUUUAGGCUCCAAGCAUGAAAAAGCAAAAAGCGGCUCAAACGAAUGCCCUGAUUCCACAACAUUUUAUAUGACUGCAAUAGCUCUGGGUGUCGACAAAAUGUCAAAAAUAAAUAGCAGCGAUAUUGCUUUGAAGACUGAAUGAAAAGCACACGAUGAAUCCAUCCUAAGCCUAAGUCUGGUAGAAGAUAUUUCUAUCAUAAUUACUUGUUCAUUUGACUGUAGAGUUCAUAUAUGGAAUUAUUCUGGAACUCGCUUAGGUACUCUGAUUGUGGGAGGCGACCCAAGUUGAGAUGUGAAAAUUGAUACAAUUCCUAAAAUAGAAACCGCCAGAAAAGAAGCGAUUUCUCUUUUGGAAGAGUCUCAAAAUCAGACUUAUGAAGAAGUCAUUAGCCAAAUGAAUCCAACUGGUAAAGAAAUUUCUGAUUCAGAUGAAAGCUCUGAGGAAUUUCAAACUAUGACAGAUUCGAAGAAAAAGGGAAGCCCUAGCAAUAUAUCGCUUCCUUCUAUUAAGAAAAGAUCAGAAGCGCUUACUCCCCCCCCCCCCUCCGUGAGCGAACAAAACCAUUAGAAAAAUCGCCAUUUUUUUGACCAAAAACCCACCCUCCGUGAGUGAACAAAAAUUUUUUUAAUAGAAAAAAUUUUAAUGGAAAAAAAUUUUGAUAUAUAAGUAAGAUAUAAUUAGUAUAAUGAAAUCUAGAGCUAAUUCUGUUUAAUUUUAAACAAAUUGCGUUUUAAAACAUAAAUUUUGCAAAUUAAUUAAUAUUUGCUUCCCAAUUUUUGCAAAUUAGGAUUUUUUUAAAUUUCGAAAAAAAUAUUUUUUAUAAAAUUUAUAUAUAAAUUUUUUUUUAAAAAAAAAAAAUAACCCCCCUCCGUGAGCGAACAAAAUUUUUUUUUGUUCGCUCACGGAGGGGGGGGGGGGAGUUAGAAGACUGGAUUCAAGCUCAAUGAGGCAAUCUCCAAUGAAGUCUGCUAAAGUAUCUUCAAAAAACGUUAAUAAAUCAUUUUCAGUUGGGCAGAAGCCUGAAACAGUGAGAGCGAAACCAUUUCAAACAAAAAGAGAUCUUUCUCAGUCAGGGAGACGAGUUUUGUCAAAGAAAUAA